AUGACUGAAUAUUGAUGCAGGAGCAUCCACACAUCCUUCUCUGCCCACGUUCUGCUCAUCAGUACUAACCUGUUCACACAAAGGAGCUUAUUGUGUAAUUGUGCUUGCUUUGAUGAAGCAGCAGCAAACUCCUCCCUUUCUGUCAGACCCCUCCCCUGCUCCCACCUCCCUCAUGAACAGCAUGGAGAUCCCCCUUAUUAUUCAUGAGCUGCUAUCAGCAUCGUCAUGUGCACUCACACCGAGGAGGAAAAGAGGGGGGAGUGUCUCGGUGAACGGUCACAACUCUGGUGCGUGAGCGUGUGUGUGAGGCUGAAACAGAGGGAGAGAUCAGACAUCCCGGCUGAUGCUUGAACUGCUGCUGCUGCUGCCGAGGCUGCCGCUGCACAUCUCUGCAUGCUCUCCUGUUACACUCAGCUGGAGGCUUCCAGCGCAUCCGAGUUGGCUUUGGCUGUCUGAAUGUGGGACUGGGAUGCCCCGGAGGAAAUGCUCGCUAAGGAGUGACUGAUGACCGCCAGCAACUCCGCUGUGGAGGGUACCCCCUGCAUGCGUACCAUCACUACUCGGGGAAAUUUGGACGCCUGGCGUUUCCACGACAACUAUAAUGGGCUGCAAUCUGUGCACUUUACAGAAGCGAGAGGAACACUACAAGCUACUCUAUGAGAUUGCACAGGUUAAUGGGAAGGAGUUGUCCAAGUCCAGCCACGAUGAGACUGUGGAGGCCUUUCGGGCUGCCAGAGACCCCGUUGUGGUGCAGGUCAUCAGGCGUACCCCCAGCGGCCACCCACAUGGCCUCCCUCAGGAAAUCCAUGUGGUGGACGUGUGCACUCAGACCGACAUCACCUUUGAACACAUUAUGGCUCUGGCAAAGCUCCGACCUACAACCCCCCCAGUGCCUGACGUCUGUCCCUUCCUGCUCUCUGAUAGCUGUCAUUCACUUCAUACAAUGGAGCAGGAUUACUUUGAGGGGACAGACUACCUUUCAGGUGUUCCAGCUGAAGGAGACCGGACAGAGGAAUAUGAGUAUGAAGAAGUUGAACUUUGCCGACUCAGCAGUCAAGAGAAAUUGGGGUUGACUCUUUGCUACAGGACAGAUGAAGAAGAGGACAUGGCCAUUUAUGUCAGUGAGGUCUGUCCAAACAGCAUUGCUGCCAAUGAUGGACGGAUCCGAGAGGGGGAUCGCAUUUUACAGAUUAAUGGCCAAGAUGUCAAAGACAGAGAGGAAGCGAUGGCGGCACUCUUCAACGACGAAAGUAGGAACAUCGUCCUCCUAGUUGCCAGACCUGACAUGCAGCUGGAGGAGGCCUGGCUGGACGACGAGCACAGUGAGUUCCUGGAGCAGCUCAAGAUGGAAAUGUUGGAGGAGCAGCAGAGAGAGGAGAUGGAGUUAGCUGUGCUACAGGAGGACCAGGAGAACGAGCAGAGAACUGAAGACGACAGGCCCUCCUGCUCCACAGUGCCUCAUCAAAGGGACAGUAUGAAAGACAGAAAACCAAGUUCAGAGCAUAACGUUUUGGCGCAAAUUCAGAGACGCCUGUCCCAGUGCCUCAGAGACAAUCGGAACUCUCGCUGCACUGCCAGUUCCACAAGACUGGAGGAAAACGACGAGGAAGAGGAGGACAACAUAGAAACUGAGAGUGACAGUUAUCGGCAACUACUGGAGCUAAAAUGUCAGAUACGCAACAGCGGCGAGUAUGACCUCUUCUACAGCCGGCGCAGCACCAUCGAGUGCAGUAUGGCAGAGCAGAGCAGCGUACAGCACGAGCUCCGCCUGCUCAAUGAGGAGCUGCGCAGCAUCGAGCUUGAGUGUCAGAACAUCAUGCAGGCUCAUAAGCUUCGGAAGGGCCAGGAGUCUCCAGUAAAGGGCCUUUCCGCGCCUUCCCCCAGGGGUCCACACUGUGAAGAGUCCACAAGGGGCAAGCUGGCUGACAUUAAUGAAAGGCUGGAGAAAUCGGACAAGGACAGCUCCAGUGCCUAUAACACUGCAGAGAGUUCGCGGAGUACUCCUCUGGCGAUGGAUCGCUCCCCCGAGCACUCGCUCCAGAGAAUGGUGAGCCUCACUAACCAGAGAAACCUGUGCAGUGGACUUGCAGGUCCCUCAGUCAUUACUGCAAGUCGUGCUCCAACAGUGGGGAAGGGCAGCAGCCCCGACCACAGCAAUCCUUCAGAGACAGACCAGAUGCCUCAGGCUGAAGACGAAAGCAAAAAGAAAGUUACACAAUGUACCUCUCAGAUUCCUUACUUCUCUCCUUCUCACAGUUCCCAGCAAAGGCAGGUUAACAUCCCGGCUCAUGCCAGCCAUUACCAGAGCUACAUGCAGCUAAUCCAGCAACACUCAGCUGUGGAAUACGCUCAGAGCCAACUCAGCCUCCUUAGCAUUUGUAAAGAGCCUCAGCGACCUAUUAAUGAGCCCAAAAUGGAGUGGAAGGUCAAAAUCAGAAGCGACGGCACUCGUUACAUCACCAAGAGGCCUGUAAGAGACAAGAUCCUGAGGGAGCGAGCCUUAAAGAUUAAAGAAGAACGCAGUGGCGGCAUGACUACGGAUGAUGAUGCCAUGAGUGAAAUGAAGAUGGGGAGGUACUGGAGUAAAGAGGAAAGAAAGCAGCACCUUGUCAGGGCAAAAGAGCAGAGGAGGAGGCGGGAAUUCAUGCAGCGUAGUCGACUGGAAAGCUUGAGGGAAAACCCGCAGAGCAGCAAUGAAGGUCGCAAGGAAGUCAGCAUCAUAGAGCUCAGCCACAAAAAGAUGAUGAAGAAACGCAACAAGAAGAUCUUGGAUAGCUGGAUGACGAUCCAGGAGCUGAUGACUCACGGUGCGAAGGCGCCCGAGGGUGCAAACGUGAACAAUGCCUUCCUUUCAGUCACUACUGUAUAAAGAAAUAUACCCUCAUGCAUUCUACCUAUGUGGUACUACAUACUUGCCUCGUUAAAUGUGGCAUUUUUAUGAGGACAAUAUGAAUAUUUUUCACACUUUGUAAUACAAAAAAUGCAUUUUGUAAAGACUAUCAGUGGCAUCUCAUUUUAUCAAUGUUUUUUCAAAGACACACCGCUCUGGAAGAAAAAAAAUUUCUAUGAAACUAUGAGAAUGCAUUUAUUUGUUUAGUUUCUCAAGUUUUUUUGGUGUUUAUUUUUUUUCUAUUAUGCCUGAGGUUGUAUGACCAUUUGGCAGUGGCUGUUCUUUUUCUUGUUUUUAAGUUAACAAAAUACAAUUUAACCUCAAACUUUCAAAGUGCUUUUAUAGGGAAUACAGUUGAUGACAUGAUUUCAUGUUUCAUUUCAUUUCAUCCUAUGCAUUGACAAUGCUAAAAAAAAUAAAAAUAACUAAAAAUGUGACACCCACCUAAACAUGGCAAUUACACUUUUAUAAAUGUUCAAAAUUACAUAAUAAAAGCCAUUUGAUCCUUUUAGUCAGCAUGACCUGAGAAAAAAACAGGUUCACAACCUAUAGUCAAGUUUUUUCAGCUAGAAAAUAUUAAAUUAAAGUGGCUAAGCAUUUGAAUUAAAGUCUCACUCUGAUCAUCUUUUGAGCUAUUGUAAAAGCGUUUGCAGUGGUCUUUUAAUCAUGUUUAUGUUGUUUUUAGCCAAAAUCAAAGAAACCUGGGUCGUUUUUUAAGACAUAGUUUGUGCAGAGCGGCAGAAAUUUGCCUCUGAGUCCAUCCAUGCCUCCAAUCAUCCCUUUCUUUACAUUCGCUUACUAGCUUACAGCUCGUCACAACCCCAGCGUACAAGCUUUUUCCAUUGGCGGUUUUGCAUCUGCUCCUGAUUCACGAUUUGAAUAAAAAAAACACUUGGAAGUGUAAUUUUAGGCUUAUUUUUCUACAUAAAUGUCCUCCUUCAUGAGAAAAAUGCCUCAAAAACACCAAAAACACAAAUUUCAUCAGAGUGGGUGACUGUUGUCUUUGCAAAGUAUGUGAACUCAUUCAAUAAACCACCAGUGUCAUUACAAUUCUGUGAAACAAAAUUGUUCGUUUGGUUUGUACUUUUCUUUUUUAAUUUAAAUUUUUAAUCUUUUUUUCCCUGUUUGAGAUGCAUUUUUUUCCUUUUUUUGUGGAUGCUCAUUUUGUGGUAAAACAGGCCUGAUCUUUAUAUAGACCUUCAGCUUUAAUCAAUGAAUUUAGUUUGCUGUUUUAUUUUGCAGUGAUUCUUUUUCUCCACAUAUAAUGUCUGAAAUCCUAUGGACCUGCUUUUGGCUUUUAACUAUUUUUUCUACUCUCCUUUACUCACAACAGCCUAAACAGUCAAACAUCAAAGGUGCAUUAAGUUCUGUGACUUCCUACACAAAAACAGUAUAUUUCUGUACCACAAAGAGCUUCUGCUUUAUUCUUAUAUCUUAUGAUUUUCUUUUCUUUUCUUUUAAUGUGGAGAUAUUUUCAGAUCCUGCAGAACUUAUGUUAAAAGAUCUCUGCAGUCACAUUAAACCGAUUGCCACUGAGCAGGACUCAGAACUCUUAAGGACUGGGGGACAUCAAGAAAUUGUCUUUUUUCAAAAGUCUUUAUAGUUCAGCGACAUGUAUAGUACUCAUUCCAAAUGCCUCAUUUUCAUUAAAGUAAUAUAAAUUUGACAUUUUAAACUUCGUCCUGUAUGUUUUGAGUCAAUGUCUGAUAAUCUGAUUUCGAGUAAUGCAUAAGUGGCCAAUUUGUAGCAAGUUAAAUAGUGUGAUACUGGUGAUGAAAAUAAAUUAUUGUUUUUGGUAUGAAAG